CAAAAACAUCCGCGAUCUGAUCAUUCUAUGUCUUGUUUAGUGAACAUUGCAACACGAAGCGGACGAUCACCUCGUCGAGCCACUACGAUCUAUUGAUUAAUACCUGCUCCGUUGGACUAAUCCACAUGAUUGUGGCCGAGACAACCGUGUGCCCGCUAGUCAAAGCUGCUUGCAGGGACUUUGCUGAACUUCAAGGUUCGGACCUGGCUUCCUUGAACGAAUCGGCAGUGCUGUUGCUCGCCUUUGCACUUGGCUGGUGUGUAUUUCGUCCGACUCUCCAUGUGCUUUGCUACAGGGUGAAACCUGCGGCUGGUGAAACUGGCAAGAAAGAAUUGCACAGGAACGCGUGGUGCAGCCAGGCAGUGGCCUUGGUCGAUGAAACUUUAGGCCUGAAAAAGGCGCUCUUGACUUUAUUGGGACAACGUGGCAAAAUUCGCUUCAGGCAGCCAACAUAGAAAUUUCGGAGAAGAGAGCUGCAGCUGUGGUAUCCUAACUCCAGGGGAGAGCUGGGGAAGAAGAUCCAUUUGGUUUUGUACUUAUAGUCGAUCUUGUGCCGUCGAGAUUAAGGUGCAAGCUGCGGAGGAAGGGUCGCUGGAACCAUCGAUGUGUAGCGCAGGCUGCGUCGCAGGGGAGCAACAACAGCGGAGGCGCCGACAGCGAGAACUGUUGGAAAAAUGUAGCGUGGUCGACUACGGCUGGUAGCAUGGUGAACAUGCCAAACACUCU